UUUGAAUUUAAAAUACAAAAAAGAAUAAAAUAAAAACAAUCGGUGAUUUAUUCGAAGUCUAGGAAUUGUCAUUUUUAAAAGUUAUAUUUAACAUUUUCGACAUAGUUAAGAUCGACGCCAUGAAUACCAAUGGGUACAAAAUUCCAUUGCACAGCUUGCAAUUGCUAGAUGUCAGGCCCUUGCUAUAAUUCAAAAAGUCCUCCUCUAUAAAUUGAUACACCACACCACAUCAUUUCCUACACAAUCAAGAACAUCAUGAAUAAUAUUAUUGUGAAUAAUGCGAUGCUCCUUGUUAUAGCAGCGGUAGCAGCAUCAAUGAUGAUGCUGCCUACGGCAGAAGCUGCAUUGUAUACCGUCGGAGACGACUUGGGUUGGACUAUUCCUCCGGGCGGUGCUGCCACUUAUGCUGCCUGGGCGGCCAAGCAUAGCUUUGUAGUCAAAGAUAUUCUAGUGUUUAACUUUUCUGCCGGAGAAGAUGACUUGGCUGUGGUAACCAAGGAAGAUUUUGACACGUGUAACACCACGAACCCCUUAUAUGAAUUCGAAGAACCAGCGACACUUCAAUUUCUUGCAAGCGAUACAUUUUAUUUCACGAGCACCUUGGCCGGGCACUGCUCCAAAGGCCAGAAGUUAGCCAUUUACUUCGCUCCCUCUUCAACCGAUUCUCCAAGUCCAAGUCCAACGUCCUCCUUCCCCCUCAAAUUUGUGUCUCAAAAGAUCAUGCAGGGCACAAGAACAUAAUUAAUCAAUUAUGUAACCAUCGAUCUUGAAGCCCAAAUAAAGUUAAUUACAUGAUUAUAUAAUUCUGUAAUUUUCAACAGUUUAAUCUUUUACAUACAUGCAAGAAUUCAAGUUUGUUUCCUUCCUUGUCUUGUAUCAAAAUUAAUUUGUGAUACAUGGAGUUGAUAAAACUGCGUAUGUAUAUUCAACUUUAU